UGUCAUUCGUCCAAAGAGAGCCAGCCGGGUGCGAUCGUGGCGCUGGCGGAGUGGAUACAAGAGAUCCGCAUGCAAAUUAACUCCUCCACCUCCUGAGAGUCUACAAUCACACGUGCUGUUUUCCGAGCUGACCUUAAACGCUUCGUGUGGAGAUAUAUAUAUAUAUAUAUAUAUAUAUUUAAAAAAAAAAGGAGAUUCAUCUGCACUACUUUGGGGGAAACGGUGUGCGCUAAUCGGGCUGUUUCUCUCUGCAACACGGAGUGUGUCCUCCCUGCUGACCAUGCAGAGUGUGUGUGCGGUGAUCCUGGCGCUGGCUGCCUUCAGCUCGGCGGACACGGACACACACCGUCUGAGACACGACUCCAGCCUGGACAUCUACAAGCGUCUGUUCGAGACCAAGAGGAAGGAUCAACUGAGCGCGCUGAAAAAUCUGGUGGAGCUGAACGACAUCAACCAGCAGUACAAGAUCAUAGACAUCAUGCUCAAAGGACUCUUCAAGGUGUUGGAGGACUCGAGACAAAUCCUGAUCUCGGCCAACAUGCAGCCUGACGACCCUUUCCCGAUGGACGAUAAGAUCAAAGAAGCGUACUCCCACGUGGUCGAGAACACAGCGUUUUUUGGCGACGUGGCGCUGCGUUUCCCCCGGAUCGUCCACCAUUACUACGACCGGAACGAGGACUGGGACGGGAUGCUGCGCUGGGGCCUGAACUUCUGCAACCAGUCGGGGGUCUUCACAGGAGGAGCCCACCAACAUGUCCUCACACUGAUGUCACAGGAGCUGGGAAUUACAGAGAAAUCCCCAGACUUUAUAAACCCGUAUCGCACAGAGAGAGACGACGUGCUUCACACUGCCGAGGCUUUCCAGAAGAUUCUGAGGGAGGAGGAGAAGAGGAGGAGGAAAGAGGAGAAGAGGAAAGAGAUCCGGAAAGGUCCUCGCAUUUCCCGCUCCCGCAACGAGCUAUAGCGCUGCAAAACAGAGCGUUAGUAAAAGAAGAAGAGGAAGAGGAGGAACAGUCAACAAGGGGUGGCUUGACUUGUAGACUCCGAUGACGGUGAAGGAAAUAAAAAGCUGUCAUCACUUGUACAAAAGCCUGGUGCUCUGUUGAGAACAAAACCUCAAGGUGACACCAAUAAAGUGGAAGUGGUUAGUGAGUUUCUGACGCAGGCUUGAAUUGCUGUAUAUGUGCGAUUUAUAAUUGGAGAAUCUAACGUUGAAUAAGAAGUAGAGACGUCUCAAAUAGGAGUUGAAAGGGGAAACUCAUUUUUGAUAACUUGAGGAUUCAAUAACUGUACUUUGGAAUAUAUUUAAUUUCAGUAUAAUCUUAAAAUAAACCCCAAUGUAUUGUGUCUGUUCUAGAUUAUAUGUGUCUAAAACCCAUAUGCUUCAAAAUCAGUGUGUUUGCCAAAUAUAAAUGGUCCUCGCCUUGAAUUGAUGGAAUACCGUUUUUAUUAAUGUUUUCCUUCAAUUGAGAUAUGUUGGAUAUAUCUAGAGUGAAGUUUAUGAGUGGGCAGGUUAAUGUUCUUAUUGCUGCUCAAAGUUUUAAAAGACACAUCUUGUGUUUUGUUUGCCUGAAAGACAGUAUUCCUUAAUUUGUUCCUUUUUUUUGGUGUCUUUUUGAAUAUUUUUGUUUAUCAUCAGGGAUUUUUCCUUUUAUAUCAUUCCCCGUUUCAGAUAUUGACCUUUUAGUUAACAAUAAUUAUAAUAUUGUCAUCCUGUUGAGUAUCUGUCAACCAGAGGUCCAGGAUAGAAACAUUUAUCUUGCAGCCCUGCACCAGCUUCUUUAUUUUCAUUUUGUUUGUCUUUUUCUAUUUAUCUUUGCUGGGAAUCAACAUAUUUUAAUGGUUUAGAUCUAUGGAAUUGAGAUUGUUGUAAUUUUGAAAUAGACUGUUAUCAAACUAUAUGUGUAUAUUCAGAGAAAUAAUAUCAUUGCUGCAGAAUGAACAAGCCAUUUUGUUAUCAAAUUUAAUAAAAUAAAGUGACUCGGAUAUACAAAAUAAAGUGCAUUUCAUAUGUUAACAUUG